GCCCGUAGCCUCCCGACAGCCGGCACCCAGCCAAGGCCGACAUGGACUCCCAGGACUGUCCUUGCGCCACGGGUGGCACCUGCACCUGUGGGGACAACUGCAAAUGCAAAAACUGCAAAUGCACAUCUUGCAAAAAAGGUUGCUGCUCCUGCUGCCCAGCAGGAUGUGCCAAGUGUGCACAGGGCUGCGUCUGCAAGGGCCCUGCCUCUGCCAAAUGCAGCUGCUGCAAAUAGGGACCCCUGGCAGCACAGCUGGGGGGGCUGCACAGCUAGGGGGCCAAAGAAGAAUAACCUUAUUGUGUAUGUUGGUUGGUUUUUUAUAUAUAUGUGUUCAGAUGCCUUUAGUGUUUGUCCCACACAACGUCUAAUAAGCUACAUAAUAAAGUUAUGUGUAU